AUGACAAUUCACAGCGCACUGAUUGCGUUGCUAGCGCUAUCCCUAGCGGAUAUAGGCAAUGCAGAGAGAGUACUCGGCGCUUAUAUCUUCCAGCGCCAUGGAGACCGUACAGCCAAAGCUCUCGCACCAACCAAGUUGACUGACCUAGGCUAUACUGAAGAGUACAUGAGCGGUGGCUUCUUCAACAACCGAUAUAUCUCUUCUAGCUCGGCAUUCUACAUCGAGGGAAUCAGUACAAAGAUUGUGAACCUGUCCCAAGUCACAGCCAGUGCACCACAAGACAGUGUUAUCCAAAACUCAGGCCAGGCCUUUCUGCAAGGUCUCUAUCCGCCAGUCGGUACAGCCGCAAAUGAGACCCUUCGUAAUGGGUCAACGAUCCAGUCUCCCCUGAACGGCUACCAAUUAAUCCCAAUGUCAGACGUUCAGUCUGGUAGUAGUGCCGAGGACAGCACAUGGCUCCAGAGCACAUCAUCUUGCGCCAAAGCCGAAGUGAGCAGCAACAACUAUCUGUAUUCAACCGCGUACAAGGACUUGUUCAAUUCCACGGAAAAUUUGUACCAGUCGCUCGCUCCAUACGUUAGCGGGGCUAUCCCUACGAGUCAGUUGAGCUUCAAAAACGCAUACACCAUCUGGGACCUUCUCAACGUGGCCUCUAUCCACAAUGGAACUAGUACAGCGCUUCCAUCAAGUCAGGAGAUGAAAGAGCUUUUGGUUUUAGCCAAUACACACGAGUACAACCUCGCAUACAGCAGCAAUGAGACCAUCCGUGCUGUGGCAGGUAUGACCCUGGCUGGUGAAGUCGUCUCUGCGCUGAACAAGACAUUAAGUUCCGGUGGUAAAUCCAAGCUGAAUGUUCAGUUCGGUGCUUACUCGACUUUCUUGUCGUAUUUCGGUCUUGCAGGACUCGCUGCAGAGAAUGUCGAGUUCACGGGCAUGCCUGAUUAUUCUUCGUCAAUGGUAUGGGAGCUCGUGACCAAUGCCUCUGGAACCGGUAUGCCUCCCCAGUCCGACAUCAGUGUGCGCUUCUUGUUCCACAAUGGCACAAGUAUCGCGGGAUCCACCCAGCUGCAGGCCUAUCCACUAUUUAAACUGACCACACCCACCAUUCCCUGGACACAAUUUGUCCAAAGCACAAACCAAUUUGCGAUCUCCACUCAGUCGCAAUGGUGUCAAUCCUGCGGGAAUACUACCGGUAUCUGCAGCUCUAGUGCAAAUGAGAGCACAGGUGGCUCCUCGUCUUCUUCUUCUUCUUCUUCUUCCUCCUCCGGGGGAAUGAGUCUUGGGGUUGCUGGUGUCAUUGGUGCCAUGGUGACUCUGGGCGUUCUGGCAGGACUUACAGCUCUCAUUAUGCUCGUAUUCGGUCUACGGCUUGUACGGAAAAGCACACUUGCGGCUUUCUCCAGAGGCUCUGGCUCGGACGCCUCUACGACGGAGCAGGCUCUGAAGAGAUCGUCGCUUUGA